GCUGCUCGCACAACGCGCAGCCGCCCCGCCGCUCGGCUUAACCCGGACACGCUCCUGUUUGGUAGCCUCGCCUCCUCACGCUUCCAACAUGGCGGUCAAUCUGACUGAGCUUUCUCUUCAGCAAUUGGAAGGACUAAAAACUCAAUUUGAUCAGGAGGUGGAGUUCCUGACAUCAUCGAUAGGUCAACUCAAAGUGGUGCAGACCAAGUAUGUGGAGGCCAAAGAUAGUCUUAACGUCCUGAACAAAAGCAAUGAAGGAAAAGAACUGCUCGUUCCUCUGACCAGCUCUAUGUAUGUCCCGGGAACACUGAACGACGUGGAGCACGUUCUCGUUGAUGUGGGGACAGGAUACUAUGUGGAGAAGAAUGUGGACGACUCCAAAGCAUUCUUCAAACGCAAAAUAGACUUCCUCACAAAGCAGAUCGAGAAGAUCCAGCCGGCGUUACAGGAGAAGCACGGCAUGAAGCAGGCCGUGAUCGAGGUUAUGAACAUCAAGAUCCAGCAGCUACAACAGAGCCAGCAGGCCUCACAAGCAGUGGCUGCUAAAGCCUGAUGACCUGGGGCCCAUCUGCUGAGUCAAUGGACUCGUGUGAAUAUCUGCCUGGACAAUAUCACCAUCCACAUUUAAUAGAAUAAUUGGAAAGUUCACAAGAAUACAUAAAAUGUUUUUAUUUCUGUAGAGACAGGGACACGUUUUACUCAGUUUAUCCAACAUUGGCGUUAUGUUCAAAUAAAGAAUCGUAUACUAUGACGGUUAGUUCAGGAUUUAAUUUAAGUGUACUUAUUGAACUUAAAAAGAAACGAUCCAAAAUCUUUAUCUUGGGCAAGUUAUUUGAAAUAAACUGAUCGAAUGAACAACA